UUCGGGUUUCCCUGAAAGAAGAAAAAAAAGAAGAAACGAAGGGAGGAAGGAGUUGUAACCGUUGCAAAAGGGCUGACAUCUUCAGACACCCGCCCCGAUCUGUCAGAGAAACACUGCCUCCGCUGGGGUUCAUCUUAUUUCCGAUGAGAAUUUUCUUUCUGUAAGCUUCUCAAGUAAGGAAUUUAAACGGCUAAAGAAGAAAAGGACCAUCCAGAUUGUUGGAUACAACAAAGGAGGCGAACGAGUGAAGUCGUACAUCAAGGAAGAAUGGGAGAGAGUUCCACUUACGAAGCGUCAACAACUAAAAUGCUGGGAAGUACUGAUCAACCUCUCCUGAAAGACAAUAACUCAGCCUCCCUCGACUACGAGUUCAUCGACUCUGAGUUCCGCUAUGUGCUUUUCCCAGUCGCCUACAGCGUCAUCUUCAUUCUGGGCUUCUUUUCCAACGUGUACGUCCUGUUUGUCCUGCGGUGCCUGCGUGGCACAAAGGGGAUGGGAGAAAUCCGCAUCUACAUGACCAACCUGACCAUCGCUGACCUCCUUUUCGCGUGUGCUCUGCCCUUUUGGAUUGGUUAUUACACGCGUCGAGGCCACUGGGUCUACGCAGACUUCAUGUGCCGACUGACGGGCUCAUUCUUCUUCAUCAACACCUAUGGGACCAUCCUCUUCCUUGGAGCCAUCAGCCUCAACAGAUUCUGGGCGGUGACCCGGCCGCUGGACGUAGCCUCCUCCGAUCACAGGCGACGCGGGAUCAUUGUGUGCGUAGUCAUCUGGGCGUGCACCGUGGCAAUGACCAUUCCGCAUUUGACGUCAGAAGGGACCCACACUGAUUCAGACAACUUCACUCGAUGUUUUGAAGGUUACCAGCAGGACCCAGAUGAGACGAAGAAGACAGUAGCUGUAACUCAUUUUUUGAUAAUAGGAAUGUUUUUUGUUGUCUUUUUCCUCGUGGUGGUGUGCAAUUUACUCAUUGCUCGAGCCUUAAUUGACCAAAAUGGGCCACAGUCUGGAUUUCAGUCGAGGACAAUUGUGUCCAGAAAUUCCAACAGGACCACGUUGUCCACACGACGACCACAGAGAGGUGUGAAGCGGAGGGCUCUGCAGAUGCUCUGGGCGGUGGUGGGAGUGUUUGUGCUGUGUUUCCUACCACACCACAUCGUUCAAGGUCCCUGGGUGCUGGCGGUGCUGCAGAUCAAAGAGGGCUGGGGCCACAUAGGCUACAGCCCGGACGCUCGUCAAGCACUAAACGACGUACAUCAGAUCACUUUGGUUCUUAUGGGCCUCAACAGCAUUUUGGAUCCUGUGGUUUAUUAUUUUGCCACAAGGAAGUUUAGAGGCUUCAUUAUGGCACACAUUAAAAAGUUUGUAAAGGGAGAAGGUUGCUCUACUACCCUCAACUCAGAGGUUAAUUUGCAGCGAUCAAGGUCCGAUCAAGGAGUUAAACCUGAUAAAUAGCUCUGAUGAAAUAAUUAAAACUAAUGAAAGUGCAUGCGGGCAGGCAGCGUCUUUUAUAAGAGGCCUUUUGUGGUCUUGAUGACAUUUACCAUGUCGUAUUGCAG